GAGAGAGGUUCAGCUGUCUCCUGUCAGUGUCUGGGAAAAGGUUUUUAAAUCUGUUCUCUUCCUUACAGGUAAACUUUAAUGAGCCCUUGUCCAUGCUUCAGCGCCUUACUGAAGAUCUGGAAUACCAUGAGCUGUUAGACAGAGCUGCAAAAUGUGAGAGCUCUCUGGAACAACUCUGCUAUGUUGCAGCCUUCACCGUUUCCUCCUAUUCUACCACUGUCUUCCGAACCAGCAAGCCAUUCAACCCUCUUCUUGGGGAGACCUUUGAACUGGACCGACUGGAGGAGAAUGGGUAUCGAUCCCUCUGUGAGCAGGUGAGUCAUCAUCCCCCUGCUGCUGCGCACCAUGCUGAAUCCAAAAAUGGCUGGACAUUGCGUCAGGAAAUCAAAAUCACCAGCAAGUUUCGAGGCAAAUACCUCUCCAUUAUGCCCCUCGGUAAGGCCACCGUGUUUGUUCCAGUGAAAGGUGUUGUGGCCCUAAUGGAGGAGGCCCCUGGUUCAGGCCUCAGAUGAGAACUCUGAAUCAGGCAGCAGCAUCACUAGG